UCUUGGGUUGAAGACCCUGAGCCUGAACAACACUUCUCUAUCUGGGCAGCAGGAAAAAACUUCAUUGCUUUUUCUACCUGCCAUCUGAAUUUACUGGAGACUCUUGAUGGGCUGUGGUUUUCCCUUGACUGAACUUCUAACUUCUAACCAGCUGCCUGACUCAAACAGGCUCCUUCUUCAGGAGAGAGCAUUGAUGUUAGGAUGUCUGGACGUGGAAAGAAAAAUGUGAAAGCCACAACUGCCCCAAAGACAACCAAGUCAGCAAAGGCUGGUCUGCAAUUCCCAGUGGGUCGUAUCCACCGGCUUCUCAAAAGAGGGAACUAUGCUGAGAGAAUAGGUGCUGGUGCUCCUGUUUACCUGGCGGCCGUGCUGGAAUAUCUGACUGCUGAGAUAUUGGAACUGUCAGGAAAUGCUGCUCGUGAAAACAAGAAAAGCAGGAUUGGGCCACGACACAUCCAGUUGGCUGUGAGGAAUGACGAAGAGCUGAACAAGCUGUUUGCUGGAGUGACUAUUGCUGAAGGAGGAGUUAUGCCCAACAUCCUCCCUGCUCUUGUUCCCAAGACCACAAAAGUGCCUAAGCAAGGACUGAAAGAUGGCCAGUCACAAGAAUUCUAG